CGCUUGCCGGCUGCGGCGCCUGGGACGGUUGCGGUGGGGCGCUUGGGAAGUCGUCCAAGAUGAUUAAAAAAUUCGACAAGAAGGAUGAAGAGUCUGGUAGUGGCUCCAAUCCUUUCCAGCAUUUGGAGAAGAGUACCGUCUUGCAGGAGGCUCGGUUAUUCAACGAAACACCCAUCAACCCAAGAAGAUGUUUGCAUAUUCUUACAAAGAUCCUUUACUUACUGAACCAGGGUGAACACUUUGGAACUACAGAAGCCACAGAGGCCUUCUUUGCCAUGACCCGGUUGUUUCAGUCUAAUGAUCAAACUUUGAGGAGAAUGUGCUACCUUACCAUCAAAGAGAUGGCUACUAUCUCUGAGGAUGUGAUCAUUGUCACGAGCAGUCUGACUAAAGACAUGACUGGAAAGGAAGAUGUGUACCGGGGUCCAGCCAUCAGAGCUCUCUGCAGAAUCACUGAUGGAACGAUGUUGCAAGCCAUUGAAAGAUACAUGAAGCAGGCCAUUGUGGAUAAAGUGUCCAGUGUAUCCAGUUCAGCAUUGGUGUCUUCCUUACACAUGAUGAAGAUAAGCUAUGACGUGGUGAAGCGCUGGAUCAAUGAAGCCCAGGAAGCUGCAUCAAGUGACAACAUUAUGGUCCAGUACCACGCCCUGGGAGUCCUGUAUCACCUUAGAAAGAAUGAUCGUCUUGCUGUUUCCAAGAUGCUGAAUAAGUUUACUAAAUCUGGCCUCAAGUCACAGUUUGCUUACUGCAUGCUGAUCCGAAUUGCCAGUCGCUUACUUAAAGAGACCGAGGAUGGCCAUGAAAGCCCACUCUUUGAUUUCAUUGAAAGCUGCUUGAGAAAUAAACAUGAAAUGGUCAUAUAUGAAGCUGCUUCCGCCAUCAUCCAUCUCCCUAACUGUACUGCCAGAGAGUUGGCACCUGCUGUUUCAGUUCUUCAGCUUUUCUGUAGCUCUCCUAAGCCGGCCUUGAGAUACGCAGCUGUGAGGACCUUGAAUAAAGUGGCAAUGAAGCACCCUUCUGCAGUUACUGCCUGCAAUCUGGACUUAGAAAACUUGAUCACAGACUCCAACAGGAGCAUUGCUACCCUAGCCAUUACCACACUGCUCAAAACAGGGAGUGAGAGCAGUGUGGACAGGCUCAUGAAGCAGAUCUCGUCUUUUGUGUCUGAAAUUUCAGAUGAAUUCAAGGUGGUGGUCGUACAAGCAAUCAGUGCCCUCUGCCAGAAGUACCCUCGGAAGCACAGCGUCAUGAUGACCUUCCUGUCCAACAUGCUUCGCGAUGAUGGAGGCUUUGAAUACAAGCGGGCCAUCGUGGACUGCAUUAUCAGCAUUGUGGAAGAGAACCCUGAGAGUAAAGAGGCAGGGCUGGCCCACCUGUGUGAAUUCAUUGAGGACUGCGAACACACUGUUCUGGCCACCAAGAUUCUACACUUGUUGGGCAAAGAGGGCCCCAGAACCCCCAUCCCCUCCAAGUACAUCCGCUUUAUUUUUAACCGGGUUGUCCUGGAGAAUGAGGCUGUCAGAGCUGCUGCUGUCAGUGCUUUGGCAAAAUUUGGGGCUCAGAAUGAGAAUCUUCUCCCAAGCAUCCUUGUACUCUUACAGAGGUGCAUGAUGGAUACUGAUGAUGAGGUACGGGACAGAGCCACCUUCUAUCUGAACGUGCUACAGCAGAAGCAGAUGGCUCUCAAUGCCACAUACAUCUUCAAUGGUCUGACGGUGUCUGUACCAGGGAUGGAGAAGGCUUUACACCAGUACACGCUGGAACCUUCAGAAAAACCCUUCGACAUGAAAUCAGUUCCUCUUGCCAUGGCUCCUGUCUUUGAACAGAAGGCAGAAAUCACACUUGUGGCUACGAAGCCCGAGAAGUUGGCUCCUUCCAGACAAGACAUUUUCCAAGAACAACUGGCUGCCAUUCCCGAGUUUAUGAACAUAGGGCCCUUGUUCAAGUCCUCUGACCCUGUUCAGCUGACAGAAGCAGAGACAGAGUAUUUUGUUCGCUGUAUCAAGCACAUCUUCACCAACCACAUCGUGUUCCAGUUUGACUGCACCAAUACUCUCAAUGACCAGCUACUGGAGAAGGUAACAGUGCAGAUGGAACCGUCGGACUCCUGUGAGGUGCUGUGUUGUAUUCCAGCCGCCAGCCUCCCUUACAACCAACCAGGAAUAUGUUACACCCUCGUCCGUUUGCCUGAUGACGACCCCACAGCAGUUGCAGGCACCUUUAGCUGCACCAUGAGGUUCACCGUCCGGGACUGUGACCCUAACACUGGAGUCCCAGAUGAGGAUGGCUAUGACGAUGAGUAUGUGCUAGAAGAUCUGGAAGUGACCGUGUCUGACCACAUUCAGAAGGUUCUGAAGCCUAACUUCGCUGCUGCCUGGGAAGAAGUGGGAGAUACCUUUGAGAAAGAGGAGACCUUUGCCCUCAGUUCUACCAAAACCCUUGAAGAAGCCGUCAACAACAUCAUCAGCUUUCUCGGCAUGCAGCCGUGUGAGAGGUCAGAUAAAGUCCCGGAGAACAAGAAUUCCCACUCACUCUAUCUGGCAGGUAUAUACAGAGGUGGCUAUGAUCUAUUGGUGAGGUCCAGGCUCGCCUUAGCAGAUGGAGUAACCAUGCAGGUGACAGUCAGAAGCCAAGAAAGAACACCUGUAGAUGUUAUCUUGGCUUCUGUUGGAUGAGAUCUUCCUGGGCAAGAAGUUAAUGGACACUUCGCUGUAGGUGGGUUUGAGGCUACUGGCAUGAAGUUCCCAGAAUCACACCUUCAAAGGGUAAUGACUUUGGAGAAGCAAAUUAAACAUUCAGCCCUGAGCCAGCAGAUCAAGCAAAAUCCGUCCUUAUGCAUGGAUUCUGUUUUAUUUCCUUUUUCUUUUUCUUCACUUGAUAUGACAGCGUUGGUAUGACAGUGCAGCAUUGGGUGAGCUUGAAAAUCAAAUACUAUUCUAUCCUUUGGCUGCUUAACUUCAUUAUAUUAUUUUCUUUUAACGUGUGUCUGAAAGCUCCUGGCAAUGUUGGAAAAUUUUAUCCCCGAGGGGUGGCGAAAAGGGGGGAGGGGAAGCCAGAGUCCACUUUUGUCACAAUUCAUUUUUAUU